AUGACAUCGUUGGCAGUUACGGCCGUAGCAGUGGCCCUACCACAAAGCCAGACAACAGCAGUUGGUGGAGCAACUGUGGCAUUUGUAGAGAGUUUCCAAUUCAAUGCUUUCGAUACGACACGUACAACAUUUGCCUCGUCCUCGUUGCCGUCGUCGUCGUCGUCAUCAUCAUUUGAAGGAGCCGGUGGUACACAAAUGUCUUCAUUACCAUCAUUCUCCACAUCCUUGGCCACUUCAUUACAGCCUUCAGCCUUUUCGCCGUCAUUGUCGUCGUCGUCAUCGUCAUCUCAAACGGCAGCAGCAGCAGCAUAUCCUACAUUAAUAUCAACAACAUCAUCCGGUUUUCAUAACACGAAGACGUCCAGAAUUAUGAGCAAUCUCAAAAACAGCAUUAGCAGUAGCACACACCCCCUCAGUCCCACAAUAACAACGCCCACAGUCCAUUUGUUGCCGCACACAACCCAACACCACCGGACCACUGGAUAUGGCAUGCAUUCAAAAUUCACUGGCAGCACUCGCCAGACCAGCCCCACUGCCAUGGGACUCAGUUCCAGUGCAUUGCCAUCGUUCAAAAAUUUUAUGAGGAGCACAAAAACUCACAGUGGCAGCAGCACUGCCGGCAGUUACACCAGUACGACAAACAGUGCAAAGCACCAGCAGCAUCUACAACAACAGCAGCAACAAUUUCCACUUGAUUCUACAUUUUCUAAAAAUCAUUGGACAAAUUCAGAUGCUGCUCUCACUGGCGGAGGAGGUGGGGAUGUGGGUAGUGAGAUGGCUGGCGAUAGUGUGGCUGUUGCAGGCGAAGGCUAUAGAGCCAGUGGUGUCGCCAUUAGCCAUAUUCCCACCAGCAUGGGAAGUCCUGCUGUGGCGGCGUCAUCUUCGUCCAGCAUUAGUGGCAAUUUUAGACUAGGCUCUUCGUCAAAGUCGUCACUGGUGUCGGAAACAGAGCGACCACGCAUUUUUCGCAACCGCCAUCAUCACGAACAGCACUGGGGGCCAUUCUUCGAAGAGCCACUCAACUCGACGACCUCGGGUGACAAUAGCAUAACAACAGCCCAUCUCUAUACGGAAGCAGUGCUGAAUUGUCGGGUCGGAAUGCUAAGAGACAAAACGGUCAUGUGGGUGAGACGGACAUCGGAAAAAGUAUCCCUGUUGACUGUGGGCAACGUCACCUACAGCAGUGACCCCAGGAUACGUGUGAAAUUUCAAUAUCCCAACAAUUGGCGUUUGCUGAUCAAUCCCACCCAGUGGGACGAUGCGGGCAUCUACAUGUGUCAAGUCUCUACACAUCCACCGCGGGUUUUUACAACAAAUUUAACAGUUAUAGAACCUCCUUUGCGUCUAAUUGACGACCAGGAACGAGAUGUUGGUGAUCGAUAUUAUAAGACAGGCAGUACCAUAGAUUUACAGUGUCAAGUAUCCCGUAGCUUUUUAUAUAAAGAAAAACAAAACAUUUUAAAAUCCCUAAAGCCUUUAAACGGUCCCAGCAGUGGUGUCGGAAGCAGCAGCAGCAGCAGUGGUGUUGGUGUUGGUGUUAGUCCCACUGCCAGUGGAAGUAGCAACAAUUUCCACAACAGCAACACGAGUAGCAACACCAAUCAAACUAAAAUCGCACUGUUGGAAAACGAAUUCAGCAAUUUGGUGUUUUGGUCAAAGGACGACGAGGACCUGCCGCCCGCAGCCUUGAAACGUUUAAGUUCAAACGAUAAAUGGCUAACGAGCAGAGUUACCAUUACGGAUGCCAAGCUCUCCGACAGUGGCAAUUAUUCAUGUUCGAUUGGCAGACUCUUCACAGCCAUUGUCCAGGUGCAGGUGUUGACAGGUGAAUUACCGGCAGCUGUGCAACACAAUUCCGCCACGGCACUUGCUCGAUGGAGGAGUACACAAAGCCUACGUGUUCUCGGAGGACUAAUGCAUCUGUGGUGGCUGUUCCGAUACUCAAGGCGGCAUCGGCAGUGGUGGUGGUGCUGGUGCUGGUGUUCAUUGCUGAUACAUUUCGUCGUUGGCCCUGUCCCCUUCGUCGGCUUGAGCUUUGUGAUGAACGUUGUGAAUUGAAGCGUCAUGCCGUCAAGCGAGCGAGUGAAUGAGUGAGUGAGUGGUGUUAUUAACUUAAUUAAAGUUAAUCAAAAGCAAGCGAACGAAAGAAAGACGGAAAGAACAGCAGCAACAUCAAACAACAGCAACUACAACAAUAACAAUACACGUCUUCAUCGCUGACAACCAACCAUCAGUGUAGGCAAACAAUAAUUACAGGAACAACAACGGCUGACGCUGCCGCACAAUAACGGAAUUUGAAAAACAUUUUUUUGAAGACUCAGACAGCACAGAUACCUCAUGGCCAGGAGGUGGCUGUGAAUGUGGAAUUAAUCAAAUGCCAGUGGAAAUAGCUGGUAUUGUCUGGAACUUGAUUAGCAUAGACACAAAAUUGUAAAGAAUUUUACAGCAACUGCAGCAGUAGCAGCAGCAACAACAACAAUAUGGAUAAACCCAACAACAACAAAAGAAUACAAAAUUGUACAUUAAAUUAAAUUUUAGUUAAAAUCGAAUAAAAAUUUAAAAGUAAAGUAA